GGUUUGGGGUGCUGUUGGUAUGUGCUGAACAAGUAGUAGAUGGAAAUCCUUGGGGAAAAUAGACCUUUCACCACUCCAAGGAAUGAACUGAAUGCCUUAAAAAGCAAUUGUCUUUGGUUUUGUCAACUGAACUGGAGAAAUGUGAAGUACUUUUGUUAGAACAAAAAGCAUCAUUACGGGUAUUUUUAUCAGUUAAGACCAAAAUUUGUUGUCUCACGUGUUACAGUGAAUUAUGUUUCAGAUGGAAUAACAGAGAAGGUACUUUAGCUUUUCUCACAAGGAAUGUUGAUAUAUGGUAAAUGGAUGUAUGGUAAACAAAGGGGAGGGGGGAGAAAACCUGUGGUUUCAGGUUUUUUACACUUCCUCUUUUGGUUUGACCUUUUAAAAGGAACAGCUACUACUGGUGAUGUCAUAGGCAUAAAGCACACUUGUAUGUUUUGUGAGCUGAGUUUGUUUGGUCUUUGGAAUACAUAGUUUGUAAAAGGCUGAAGUGAGUCAUAUCCUGGUACAAGCAUGACAGCGGAGUAUUGAUGGGUUUGUUAGGUAAAUAAGUUGCAGUGCCUUCCUAGAUAAGACGUUAUGGAAAAGCAGCCUGUGAAUAACAAGGUUUUGAAAUAAAAGCGGCAAGGGUAAGAAGGAACAGCAAAGUACAUUAAAUGCAAAUUGCAAGAACUUCCUAUUUGACAGGUUAAUGCUGAAACGUGGAUUAUUUUUUGGCUGGGGAUUUGUUAGGAGGAAAAGAUUAGCACUGCUUACUCUGAUUGAUAUUAUGUAUGCAAAUACCAGAAUGACAGUUCCAGUGGAAAUGGGGAAAAAAAUGUGCUGAGCCUCUUGCUGUGUUAAGAGACCAUUAUUGUAAAUUAUAUAUUCAAAUUGCCAGAAUUUAAGCUCUUAUGUGUACCACAGUGGUCUUUUCAUUACACAAUCACACAUUUUGUUCCACAAAACCGGUAACUCACUGGGUACCAAAAACAUGUCUCUAUUCACUGCACUCUUCUAGCCCUUCUCUGGCAGAACAGAUUUUUCCUGUUGAGUUUGCAGGUAGUGUCUGCUUUACCAUUUUAUCCUACAUUAAUAUUUGUAUCUCUAGCGGAUGAAUCACAGAAUUUAGGAUCAAAUGAUUAUAUUUCAGAUCCCUACUCACAUGUGCCAUUUUCUUGUUGUAGCACUUAAAACACUGCAUUCAAAGCAAAUCUCUCACUGAUUUGAAUAGCACCUGAAAGUACUUGGCAGUUCUGUAUUUAACCCCCAGGGUAUCAAGGCAUGUGUCCAUGAAAGAGAAACACAUGGUUGAUUGUGCAAAGCUUAACUAAAUGACUCUGUUAACAUCAUUCAGCAACCCUGAAUGCGUAGAUGACUCUGAUUGCUUCAGUUCAUAAAGUAUUCUUUGUCUUCUCCCUGAUGCUGAAUAUUUACUCUCACUAUUUAUUAACAAAUGCAGAAUACAUGUAUCAGUAAGGUGGGAUCAUGAGCAAUCAUUGAGCUUUGUGACUGUUACUGACUCCCUGCACGGAAUUGGUGCAGGGCUUCUGUAGGUAAUGGUAUGGGCAUGCGUUGUGUGUGUAAAGAGGGACACCACGGGCAGUAGGUGGAGCUAGCACUUCCACCCAUGAAGCUAUACCCCCAAAAAAACUGUUCUCCUAUUUAUAUCCCUACUGGUGAUAUCGACUGCUUUGCAACAUCCUGGUUUUAUUUUUAUUUUAAUUGGAAUCAAACCAGUGUCUGACAUGCAGCCUUGUUGUACUGAACACAUUGCUCAUUCAAAAACUGUCAGAUCAAUGAAUUAGGAUUUUUAUUUCUUGCAGAAAGAAGUGUUUGCUUCAAGCCAAUAGCACUGGUGUGCCUAUAGCUCCUCCUGGCUUCUGGAAGUGGGAUUUUGCUGGAUUUGUAUCUGGUUUAUUCUUCCGGACUUCCAGGACAUUGGAGAUUUAUUUUUCAACCAAGCUUAUGGUAAACUCUUCCAGGCAGGCUGGGCUCACAAGAGUGAGUUUGUUCAUGGGCGGUUCAUUGCAGAAUGUGCUCUUCUCUCUGGCUGGGUUCCUGCUGUGCUCUAUCUGUAUUGGCAGAUGUCACCACAGCAUUCAUUAUGCGCAGUUUUAAAAGCAAUGAACUUGAAUUAAACAAACACAAUCUAUGCCAUGUGAUGCUUAAUGCCUUCCUGAGCUCUCUGUGCUGGCCUUUGCUCAGGAUAGCUGUUGUUCAUGAGGUUGCCCCCAGAGCAAUUGUGGGUUUUUUUUUUUAUAUACAUAGAAGUAAGUGGGCUGGGAGGAAAUAAAUUUAAGUGCUUUCUCCUUAGUUGUCUCAACCCUCAGUGGAGUUUAAUACAGCCUGUCUGGAUUGUCUGGGAAUAUGUAAAGGAGGCAGAAUGAAGCAGAAAUUCAUAUCUUCCCCCUGGAGGUGCCAGAAGGUUUCUGUACACCAAAACAAAUUGUUUUACUGAUAGCCCUUCUGGUAAAUGUAAGUAGGGAAGUAUAAAGCAGUAAGUAAUGCUUGUGGAUCUGUAAGUUGUAUUCCUUUGCAGUACAGUUUGGAUGGAGCUGUAGGAUUGUAUCCUACAGUGCCAAGGAUAACCGUGUAAUGCUGCUGUUAAAAUUUCCAGCCUGCUUAAAUUUGAGAAUUGCAGAUUUCUGAAUUGCUGACUCAGUUAAACACCCAUUUCAGCUCAGAAAUACUGAGACCUUUUCAUAUAGAAAAUGAUUCUUCAUGUCUUGGGGCAACUAAUUUUCUCAUCAUCCCAGUGCUGCAAGUACAUACCUGUUGGAAUCACUGUGUUGACCUGCUUAAAUCAAGAAGAGUAUUUCAAGUGCAGCAUGCCUACACAUGUUUUCCAGAGUCAUGCCUGUGGUGCUUAGCUGUUAUGGUGAUAGGCCCUUAUUUGUACUUGUAAUAACGUGGGUUGCAUCCACCUUCAUUGUUUUAAAAGGCAAAUUAAUUCUGGUUCCUUAUGGUUGUUCUGCUCCUCCCUCCUACUGUAUUUUUCACUUCUCUAAAAAUAGACAUACUGCUCUUACAGCUGCAAAGUUAUGUUUGCAGUCAGGUUUGCUGUAGCUCUAUUUCUGUGAGAGCACUUCACUUACCUAGCUAGUAAGGUACAAUUGUCCUUGGCUGAGUUUUGCUUACUGGAUUAGAACCUGUAGUGCCUGUUAAUUGCUGCAGGAAGUGCACAAGGCUCUGUAACACUGGUCAAAGAAAGCUGCUGAUAUUCUGAUUUGUUCCCUCAGCCCAUUCUUACACAGAAAAAAAAAAAACACAAUGAUUAUGCACUUCAUAUUGCUAAGCAGUGUGCUUUAACCUUCCAGAGUAUCCAAAUUUUGGACACAUAGCAGAUCAACUCAGAAUCAGCCUCUGAGUGCAUGUUGAUGUGUGUUAGCUGGAUUCUCGUAAACAAAAUGCUUGAAGGGGAUUUCUGCAGAGCAUCAAAAAGACCAAAAUUCAAACCAGACCAUAAUCUUUCCAAGGCUUGAAAAUACCUGUUUUUACCUGUAAACCUUCCUGUUAUCUUUUCUGAUGAUUUUUGUUACUGGCUUUUUUUUAUCUUGAGUUGUACCUUGAGUGGUAAUGAAUGCCCUCAUGCUACAGACUUCACCUACUAAAUAAAAGGAGAGGAAAACCAAUGGACGCAAAACCAUACUGACAAGUCACAAAAUCCUGAAAGUGUCUUGCCAUUAAUUGCAUGUGUGUGCUUGGCUACUCCUACCUAGGUGUAAAACUGGUGGAAAAUCGUAUGAGAAAGUUGUACCAGCUGUUCCUAAUGCUUCUUUCCUACUCAUCUGCCUAGAGGACACAAGAACAGAUAUAGGUGAACAGUGUGUAGAAAUACUUUCAAAUCAACCUAACCUUUAUGUCCAGAUGCUUAUAGAUAACUUGUCUUGCUUAUUCUCUCUGUUCUUUGGAACCUCGGGUUUCGUAAUUCUUCCUUAUAUAUCAUUGUUUUUUAGCUUCGAGCUGUUUUGAAAUGAAAUGCUUUGUUUGCUUGCUAAUCUUGUAGCUGAGCAGACUAUACUUACAAAAAGCUUUCUUCUGCUCGCUGUGUUUGUGCUGCCAACUACUUCCAUUUAAAAUGUUCCAACUACACAGUGGAGUUUGGGGCCAAUUUGGAGUAGAAGUGUUGUCCACAAUGUUAUGGAAAUGGUGCUGUGUUUUCACAUGCUUGAAUUAAUUUCAUGAAAUCUAUUUACAGUAGUAGAAAUUGCUUUUCAUAAUUUUGUGUGCUAGUCAGGAUUACCGCUGUCUCGUGUAUAGAAUAGGUGACUGUCAGAAGUCAUGUGGGUUCCUUAGCUUCCUUCUCACUGGAAGCUGUGAAAGAGAGCUUGCUUCUGUGACAAGAUGUAGAGCGGAUAGCUCAAAUUCCCUAGGUAAGAUUAUAGAUAAAUGCAGCUUGGGCAUUGUUUCUUUCUUAAAAACUAUAAGAGGGCACGAGGAGGCAAAUAACAGUCUAUAACUGUACCUGUAAAUGAUUGCGUUAAACUAGAUAUCCCAAUGGUAAAGAGCCCUCUAAAGGGGUUUGCCUAACAAAACUUAAUCUCAGUAGGCACCACUAAAAGGCACCACGAAAAUGCUGCUCUUCAACAUGUGUGAAAGUGUACUGCCACAGCUCACAGCUGUAUUGUGAAAGGUGCGAUCUUUAAAUCCCUAACUCAGAUUCCUAUUUAAAAUAAAAAGGUCAUGUCUUAUUUUAGUAUAAUAGUAUUAGGCAUGUGGAAAGGAAAAGGGCACUUAAAAAGUCAUGGUUGUCAGCAGGACUCCAAGUUUGGUGUUCCAGAUUAUAUUUGUGUUUAUUAUAAGCAGGUGGUAGUGUCAUCAUUUCCCUCUUUCAGGAUCAGGCUGGUCGGUUUAACUUUCAGGAUAGGAUGAUAAAAGCCUGGCAGUGUCUCAGUAGGUGUCAAGGUCCAAAGAAAUUAGGAUAGCUGUGGCCAUGGAGAUUUUUCCUUUCAGCUUACUCUCUUAUUCUUCAAUGAUCUCUGCAAGAUAAAUGUCCAAAAGCGAUGGUGGGCUUUUUCUGAUAAUACUAACAUCUUUUGUAUUUUGACUUCCUUUAGUUUCUAGCAGUCUCCUGAUGUUGUUUUGUCAAUAGCAACAUUACUGGGAGUCUGAAUGGUAUUGUAUCAUAGUUAUUUUAAGCAGAACAAUUCAAGUUGUACUCAUCCGCCUUUAAUGAACGCUGACUCUUAUAAAUCAUCUUCAUACAAAUUAGAGUUGAACUCUUAUAGUGAGGAGCGUACCCUACAAACCUCUGCAUAGUAACUUUUGUCUUUGGAAAGCAAACAGGAUCUGAACUUGCACCUCCUUUUUGCAUGGUGUUAGAGGCUGUGUGUUAAUUAUUUGAUACGUUAAACACUGAAUUUGAAGAAAGGAAGUAAAUACGUUAAUUCACUGGGGUUAAGCUCCAUCUGAGGAGUAAUUUCUCUUAAAACAAGUCUUGACCUAUAAGACUUGAUAGGUAAGAAGCAAGUCUCUGUCAAGGACUGAUCUGUUUCUUAUUGCAACCUGAUCCUUGGUUGAUGAGAGCAGUAUAGCAAGUCAGUCUUUUUAUCCUAUCAGCUGAAUACCAGUCUGUGUACAAGAAUAAAAUUUGACAGAGUAGCUUUUCAUUUUGCAGGUUUGCGUGCCUGUGGUUCUGCCAGUCAGAGUGGAUUUGUGCCCUUUCAUGGCCAGAAGCUUGUAUGUGCUUUGCUUUGAACCAUUCCCAGUUUUAUGUUCUUCUCCAGGCAGCUCAUUCCGGAGCGCAGGAUCUGUUUGUAUCCAGCCCGAGUCCUCGUGCUUCUGGCUCUGUGCUAAAUAUUAAACAGAUGUGACCCUAAAAGAUGAAGUCUUUAAACAGAGUGACCUCUGAGUAUUUCUGGGGGAGGCUUGCUUUACUAAGAGUCCUGCUUUCUUCUGGAGAUCUUGUAUGUGUAUAAGUAGUCAAUGAAGAUUUGGAUGUCUGGGGGACAGUGGGAUGGAAAGGAUCUGGGCUUCAGAGGUUUCCUGUUAAUAAUGUGUGAAGAGAUGCCAAACCAAAGCUACCUGGAAGAUUUGCUUUUAUUAUUUUUAAUGUGGGGUGUGUGGAAAUGUGUGAGAGUCUGUACCAGUAACUGUUCUACUUCUCUAAGGAAGAGAGCUUGAUGCUAAAUCCAGAGUCCCAGAGACAGAAAAAUGACAGAAUCCUGAUGGUAAUACAGGGAAUUCAUAUUUUUGACAUGACUUUUGAUAACCAAUACUUUACCUUGGAAACAUAAAGUAAACACUGCUCUUCUUCUGGAAAGGUAAAAGAAGGACAUUACAAAACCAGUAAGUUACAUUGCUUAAUGUGCUGAUGGUAUCUAUAUCCAUAGUGAUGACAGCAGACAAACCUGCGUAGAAUGCUGCUGCCAUAACUGUAUUCCAUCAACAUGAGUAAUUUGGAUCAGAAGAUAUUGGUUUUGCUUUUCUAAAACUCCCACUUGAAGGUAUUGUCACGCAAAGAAAAUCUGUGAUAGCUACAUUCAGUGGAGCACAGUAGACUUAAGAAAAGUAGCUGAAACAGCACAGAUACUGACUUGGAGUUAUGCUUUGAGAAUCUAACACUUUCUUUGCAAACUUUGUGUCCCCUGAUUCUUAGGGGGUUGGAAUUUGAUGAUCCUUGAGUUCCCUUCCAACCCAAACCAUUCUGUGAUUAGGUAGUGGGCAAAAGGAAGAAAUGUUAAGGAGGGGAGGGGAAGGCUCAGUCGACUGGAACGCUCAUCUGUUAUGAAGUACAUAUCUAGUAUGUACUUCUAGUUCCUCACCUGUUUUGCAUUUUUAAAGACAUUAUGUUUAAUUAUUAAGCUUGCUUCUGAACUUUUUAAAUCGUUGGGGAAAAAUAAUUUCUAUAUUAUUUUGCUGAGUUGAGUGGAGUUGACUUCAAAUGUGUUACAUCAAGGUAAACUUUUCUUCCCCUUCAAAAUGGCUCUUCAAGAGGAAAUUCAUGGGAAUUGAGGGACACUUGAAAAGGAGUUUACAGAGUUGGCCCAAAUCUUGGCCUCAGCUCUGGAGUUUUUGCUCUCAUGAAAGUUACAGAAGGCUCUGGAAUCUGAACAGAAGAUUGUUGUUUUUGUGUAUAGCAGAACUUAAUUUUUUUCUCAGUCAAAUGAGAGCAGGGGAGGACUUCAGCAAAUCUGAUUUUGCAUCAUCUUGGUUUUGACCUCUGCAGCAUCCAUAUUUUAUUUAUUGCUGGUCUGAUGAGGUCAUAUGCAAUCUAUUCUUGAAAUCGUGGUAAUUCUUACUGUUACUUCUUACUAAAUUGCCUAAAACAUGUUUUGAAGCAAGGACAUGUUCAGGUUUGCCUGAGAGCUCUCAAAUUUCAGCAGUGUCGAAGUUUGGAGGAGUGAGGCAGCUGGGGAUGGGGUGGUUAAUUUCUUACAUUCUUAACUCCUACACUGACUGUAAAUUAAGUAUUGAUUUUAUACGUUGGUGUUUCUAAAUGAAAAGCAUGUCUGAAUUAUGGAUAAUUAAUCUUAAAUUCCACGCUUUAAUAUGCUGUGGUGGUUCAGAAAGCCAGACAUCUGCAUUACUGCUGUAUGUUCUGUAUAUGUGGUUCACAUGUUAAACCAACUCUGCUGACAUGAGACUAGCUCAUUUGCAAUACACGUUACUUGUUGAAUGGCUUAGUGCAAAUAUGAAGAGGAAAAAAGGAGUAAGUAAGAAAUAAGUUACUAUUAACCAGCUUUCUAAUGUGACGGUAGUGUUACUUGCAUGGGAAAAACGUGGAAGCUCCACAUUUACCAUGGCCUUAGGGCAUCAGACACAGUGCCUCUACCAACCUGACUGGUGAUGUAUAAGGAGACAAGAUGUCCAUUAGUGACAUGUGGAAGGAACACAAAGCAUAGAAACCAUUUUGUGGCAGAACCUGUGCUGUACCUCCAACUGCAAAAGCAACACAUUUGCAUUUUGAAUGGCUGUAGUUUUAGGGUUUGAGAUGAAGGCUGGGGAGGGAAAUAGGGAGUGAAGUCCUGCAGAGUAUAAAUCUUAGAAGCCUAAAUACAACAGAGAUAAAGUCCUUAGUUUCUUAGUCUGGCUUGGUGUUUUUGUACUUUGGGAAAGAGAUGGGAGAGCUGGAAUCUUGUUCUUACUAUUAACUUGAAAAGCCAAACAAGAUAAUGUUCUUUAAACUUUUCAGAAAUAGAUGUGCUGGAUGCAGGUCAGACAGAUAAAAGGUAUUCUUGUAUUCAUCUUAGUGCUUUGGAACAAGGCCUCUGAAUGAGUCACAGUAACUCACUGCUGCCUGCAUUGCCUCAAAAAGGCACUUAGUAUUUUUAGAAUAGCGUCUAACUAUUUUGUAGACUUUGGAUUUUAGACUUCUAUGUAAUUACUGAGGCUAUUGACAAUACUUACUGUCUACAUGUAGAUUGGAAGAUAUGUUCAUUAGAAAAGCCUGCUGGAAAAAGCUGAGGGUUGUUGUUCUUAGUGUUUUUCUCGUUGAUUUGUUUUGAUAUUGUGUUUUCUGACUUUAAGCUAGUAGAUUGUGAACAUUCACCAUUGGGAUAAGACUUUUCUUUUGUAAGAGGUAGCAUGGACCAGGUGAUGUCCCCCUCUAUGCAGAAACUCACUUGGACAAAUUGAAACCAUGAAAAAUAAGAAGUCAAGAUCUGUACCACCCCUGGCAUUGCAUUUCCCCUAAAUAAUUAGGGUUAUGCUGUAUAUCUCCUCUGUGCUACCCUCUUCCACAUAGGUUUUGAACAUUAACUGGUUCUUAGCAAGUUCAGCACCGUGGCAGAAGCUCGAAAACACAGUUGAGUAGAGCUGCUGAUUUCAGGCUGGUACCUGGCCCCUAAGCAUGCAGGUGUGGGUGAUGCCAAAUGGGUACUUCUGAAACUUGGAACCAGCUGGAAAACUUUGUUUUGUUAUUAUUUGUAUUUGUAUUAUUGGUAUUUGUUAUAGAAUCAUAGAAGGAUUUGGAGUGGAAGGGAUCUUAAAGGUCAUGUAAUUCCCCCUGCUACAAGGGAGGGGGAUGUCUCACUAGACUGGGCUGCUUAAAGCCCUGCUCAGCCUGGCCUUGAAUGCCCCCAGGAGUGGGGCAUCCACAGCUUGUCUGGGCAACUUGUUACAGUUCCUCACCACCCUAUGAGCGAAGAAUUUUUUCCUUAUAUCUCAUCUAAAUCUCCCCUCUUCCAGCUUAAAACUGUUCUCCCUCAUCCUAUUAGUGCAUCUCCAAAAGAUGGAGACAGACUUUCUACGUGUACUGAAAGGCUGCAGUAAGGUCUCACCAGAGCCUUCUCUUCUCCACUGAAGCUUUAUUAAUCUAUUCAGUGCAGCUUCUCUUAAUUUUCAUCACAAUGCAGUUAUGAAUUAAUAAUUUUUAGUAGGUAAAAUUGUGUUGGAAGCUGUUGUGGCCUUGGCUAUUAAGCACCAUGCCGUGCCUUUCAUUUACAUCACGCUUUUUACAUUUGAAGGGUUUUUUUUCAGAUGUUCCUUUUUUCCCACUAUUAAAAAAGAAUUAAAGUGGUCUUGACAGCUGUUGGAUGCAGUGUUAUUAAAAAAAAAAAACAAAAAACCAACAAAACAGUAAUGGAAUGGGGCUUACACAGCUAGAUGUAGGCACUCUCACCUGAGCCACUCCAGACACUUAAAGGAUGAUGUGCUCAGUGGGAUAGAGGGAGGAAUUAAUUGAUUUCUGGAGCUGCUGUUUUUAGAACAAUUUUCAGAGAAAUUCUUAGGACUGUGCUUCCAGCAGCACCAGCUCGAGGUGUGAGACUGCUGAAUGGAGAAUUGGUCCUCUGGGGGAGAUGCCAUAAUUCUGGUCUUCUGACUUCUGUUGCUGCUCUGUGGCUCAGGUACUGGAAGAAAGGAGGUAGAUGGACUGUCCUUAACCUGCAUUCAUUUGGCAGCAGAGUUAACAGCCCUGCCGUUUAGACUGAGAAUAAUGCUUUUGUUCUGAGCUGCCUCUGGUUUGCUCUAGCUUUCAAUGUCCUAUUAUUAAAAACUUCACUUUUUUUUUUCCUUAUGUGCUGCAACAGACAAAGUAGAAAUUAUUUCAGCUGAAGUUCAGUGACGUGUUGUUAGUGUUUGCAGCUUGCGAUUGCUUUGUGCUGUCAAAAAUGCUUAAUUUGCAGAAUGAUGAAAUAUUAACUCUACCUGAGCUGACAGUAGAAUAAGGAUGUACUGUAGUUCUUCAGUUAUCUCUUCUGCAUAUCAGCAGCAGGUGUAUGCUGCUGAAGUUCCUGAAAUACCCCUCUCUUCAUGCAGUAACUGGUUGGCUCUAUGCCAGAACAGUUUAGCAUAUUUUGGCAAAUUGGAGUUCAUGCUUGUUCUGAAAUUGACUAGCUUGAAACAGUUUACACUGAAAAUGGGUCUUUUUUUGGUGGUAAUAAUUACUAGGCAAUUACGGUUCAUGAUUUGCACCUUAAACCAUUUUCUUUCUCAUUUAUGUCUGAAGCUUGAACUGCAGUGACUUUCUUGAGAAUGAUUUUUUGGAUACCGUCUCCACGGAUGUCAGAGAAGGAAGGGUGAGGAGCAGAGAUCUUGAUGUACUCAGUGUUCCUUCAGUAUUUCCUGAAUUUUAAUUUUUAAUGAAUACUGCAUAUGCACCCUGCACUUCUUACGGACAGGAGGUAUCUUACAAUGUCUUCUGCAUAAAUGGCAUUUCAUACAUGACAAUUUAAAAACUAGAUUAUGAUGCAAUAAACCCCCACUUUUUCUGAUAGUGUUGCUAAGGGUAAAAGUGUGUGAAAUAGCUGUCAGUUUUGUUCUUCAUAAUCGUUGUGACCAACUUUAAUUCUUCAUUGUUGCCACUGUGAGGUUUGGUGGCAGCUGACUGAUGAAUCUGGGUAAGGAGCAGAGAAAUCUGGAUAGCUUUCUUGCUAUCUUCUCUGUUCAUUCACUGGGCAUGGGAGAAAGGAAAAGCUGUUUAGGGAAUACUCCUGAAAAAGUUUAUUGUAGUUUGGAAGGUGUGCACUUCUGUUGUGGUAGGUAGAGAAAUUGGACAAGAGGUUACCUUGCAGCACUCAGUUCUUAGGAGAAAGUAUGUGUCUUCUGUACGCUUCUUUGUGGUCUUAAGUUCUUGUCUUUGUACAGAAAACAUGGUUCAGUGUGACCAGCAUCCACAUGGUUGUACCAAGUCUCCUUAUCUAAUUAGGAUUUUAGGUGGAAUGUUUUGAAUACUCAAUAUAUUUUAUUCCAUACAAACAUUUUUUUCUAUGGAAUCAUAGAUUAUGAAAUCAUUAGAUAGAAAAUGAUGGUAGACUUAAAAUCAACUUUAAACAGACCUGUAAUAUUCUUCAAUAUUUCAGUAGCUCCCACUAGAAGCUAAGUCGGAGUUGUUUAGGGAAUACAGUGAUUUUUUUUUUUAGCUAAGGAAGAAAUGCACCCUUUGUGAACAGUACUUGGUCAGGAUUCCUUUCCCUGCUGAUGCCCUCUGGAUUGGUGUGUUAAUUAUUUGUGAGGAGAAUUGCUUUGGCAGCUCUGAAGGCAGAAGUGUUCACUUAGUGCUAUGGACAGUACUGUCAUGCUGCAGCCUCGGUGCUGGGAUGAUGGGAGCUACUUUUUGGAGAACCUGCUCAAGUCUCACCACCAGAGCUGCAUGGUAGGCAUCUCCUGCAACAUCUAGCUUCGUUAUCAUUUUCUGUGGAUCUCCAUACAUUCUUCUGUGGCAGCUAAUAUUUUGCCUUUCAAUGUUGUUAUGGAUAAGCUAAUUAGUUGAGAUCAAACCUUUUUGAUGCGUUUUUAGGUAGGAUUGUAAGUAGACUCAGCUGAGACAAGCACUUGACAGUUGAACUAGAUGGUCUUAGAGGUCUUUUCCAACCGUAUUGAUUCUUUGACUUGGGUCAAGAGCUCAUUCAGUCCCGACGUAUGCAUUUAUCAACCCAUAUAGGUUCCAGUCCUAAACAGGGGCAGAGAAAGGACGUAUACAUUGAGUUGUGUUUGCUGUCCCUGCUCUAUCUUCCUAAUGUCUGGAGUCUGUGUUGUGUAAACUAUUUUUAUGCAACCUGAUGUGAAAUAUUGCUGUCAUGGCUUGUGUAGGAGGCACACCUUGAGUUAGCUGCUGUGGUGGUAAUUACAGCGUUAACUAAUAAACCCACAGCUUUUGUAGACCAGAUAUUGAGUCUACAGAAUACAGAGCUUAUAGUGUAACUGAUGUUUAUCUUCCACUCAAGAUGGAAUGAGUCUUGAAUCUUACUGCAAGUAUUUCUGGUGGUCUUAAUCUCUUCUGUGCCAGAGGCAGAGAAAUAAUGCAUUCAAUUUUGUUAAAUUAAGUUUUUACCAUGCAUUUAAAUUGAUUAAAUAAAGCAGCAGAUUAAGGGGAGAAAUACGAUCUUAAAUUGCAUUUCAGAACUGAUAGCAUCUUAAUGAUGCUAAACCGAAGGUUUUUUCUUUUAGUGGGCUUGUGGAUAUGAGAAUCCAUUAAUCGUGUGUGCCAGACUUGGGAUGCUGCUGUAUUAGAAAUAAACUGACUUGCUCACUUCACUGGUGCAAGUAAUGGCCACGCUUGGAAGUCGCUGCAAACGGAAUACGGAAGGUGCCCACAUGGUGUGUUCUGUCAGGCCCACUAAGGCUCCUGUUUGAUCAUGCUUGUGCUGAGAACAGACGUGUUGGGGGUUUUCCUUUGACACAACGACAGCGUCUUUGGCGAGUUGCUCUCCGACGGCUACAUGACAGAACCAAUUAGGGGAAAAAAGCCUGUCUCAUGUUGUGCACUGAAAUUCUGCUGUCUGCAGCCUUGUUCCUCCACCACCCCCUUUUUUUCUCCUUAAUCAAGCUUUCAUCAGCCAUCCAUUGCUUUCUUUGUCCUGGUACAUGUGUGUAUUUUCUUUCAACAUUUUUCCUGCGCGUAGUUCCUCCCCACCUCACUUGUCAUCUUUUUUGCUGUCUUAAUUUGUUCUCCAUUUCUUUUCCAACUGAAGAACUCUUUAAAAGGUGACAGGGAAGCAGAGCUGAAGCCAGGGAAAAGCGCUUUCCCACACAUCUGCCCUGUGCAGGGAGAGAGGAAGGAACAAACCAAUUGUAAAUGCAGCUAUCAUUAAGCAUAGCAAAAAAUAGUGGUUCUGUGUUUUAAAUGAAUGCACAGAGUAUAGCUCAAUGUACUCUCUCCUUUUCCUGAUUUGUUGUCUUUAUUUCUGUUGCACCUAAAUUCCUAUUUAAGAUGCAUAGAUAGGAUCUGUCUCUUUUUGGCUUAGUUAUGUAUGUUUGAGUACCAAUGGAAAUAAUGUUUUUCUUGUUAAUUCUCAUGACCACAUUAGCUAGUUUCUUCUCUGACAAAUUAUGUAUUUAUUCAUCUGAGAUGGUUCUUGAAGCUUGAAGAGGUUCCUUGUGACCUUGGUUUCGGAGAAUUUUAAUUAUCAUUAAUAAUUAUAUUGAAACAAAAAUAAGUACCUAUAUAUAAAAACAUGUAUAUCAAUCAUAGAAUCAUGGAAGGAGUCAUGCUUUGUUUGGAGGCAUAACAUGGUGUGAUGAAGUAGUCUGAAGCUUUGCAGUCUGUGUUCAUGUAAGAAGCGCUAAGAGGUACUGAAACAGCAAGAUUCUAUUCAAGGAGCCAUCCUUAUGCCUGUCAUGCUAAGAUUCUUGGAAGUUUGUCUUGCAUGCUGAACAUGUUGCCCUCUGUGUUAUUUCAGAUGUUGUUAGGAUGUAAGCAUUUAUGUAUUAUUGGAAGAGUGACUACAGGCUCUUCCAACUGCAAAUGCUCUAAGCCAUAUGCUUGUGGAAAUGCCCAUUCAUUGUAAAGAGGUGCUCGGUUUUGCUUUGAGAAUAAGCUCUAGCUGCAGCCAGAACUUCCUCCAUCUGUAGUAUCAUUAUUACACUGAAUAUAUACCAGCAUUCUUGUUAAAGUAAAUUUCGUCUUGUGUAUUGCAGAACAAAACUUCUGCAGCUGCUGUCAAAUUAACUUUGCAGAUCUUGCAGUAAUCCCAUUAGCAUCAGCAAACCAUUUUUUUUUUUGCUAUGCAUAAGGUAAGUUAGUCUGUUAGUCUCCACAUGCACGCAGAUACUAACUACAUAACAGUCUGUUUUAGCUGGGUACAAUAUGUGAAGUAGUUGCUUUAAUUUUUGCUUUUCCUUCCGCCCGUGUUGGUUGCAUUGUUUCUUCAGCAUUCUUUCGUUUGCUUUGUGUCUUCUUAAAGGAAAACUUAAAUCUUUAAUUCUGGCUUCUGAAAGCUGCUGUAACAAUAGAGUCUGUGUGUAGGCCAUAGCCAUGGAAACAGCAUGAUUUUACAGGGGUGGAACGUGCAGGGAAAUAACUCCCAACUUUCUAAGAAUUUAAGUCUUACUUAACCACAAAACAAAACAGCAACUUGCAAAAUGCUGUUCCAAUACUCCUCUGUUUUCCUUAACUAGUUAAACUUAGGGAACCAAGAAAGCAUUUCUAGCUCCAUGGGAGUUAUCUGAGGAUCCUCCCAGUCCUGAUUGUCUUCUGUUCUUGGUGUGUCCUUGGUGCUCAUUUCUGUACCUGUAAAGUGUUCCAUUUUGUAUUCUGAAGCAUCUUCAUGCUCAGUGUGUUUAGAGUUCCCGUCAUACUCAGAGCGCUAAACAGCUACCCUGGCACACAGGAGCAAUUUGUAUUUUAGCACAGGAGCUAUAAAAUCCUGUCAGCUUUUGAAGAUGUGGGUGAUGUGUUGGAACACUGCAUGUCACUAGUCCAUCAUGAGAAAUGACAAGGGAUCUUUAGUAGUAGCAAGCAAUUUCAAGACAGUUUUUUGUUGUUGUAUUUUUUUAAUAAAACAUUCCACUAAGGCUAUUGCUUUCAGGAGGCACUCUGUGGUACAAAUCAGGAGAGCUCGAUGUGGACAGUGUGUGUCUACUGAUGUCCCUAAGGCUGCCUGAGGGCCUGAAUUGGUGGGUUUAUAAAAAUGUCAGAGGAUUUCCAGCAGGAUUACAUGAUCACAGAUCACAGUGCUGGAGAUGCUCCUGGUACACCUGAGCCACUGCUUGCAUACAGUUGUCCCUCCUUAAAUAUAUUGAGCAGUUUUAGUUUCCUUGGCUUGUUCAGAACACAGCACGUUUCCUUUUGCUCUGAACCAUUAAAAUAUUAAGAUCAUUCUUAUAAUGGAGCUAACUUACUAUUAAAACAGUGCUUCCUAUUGAAGAGGGUAUUCCUGUAGGUCAUUUGUAAAGCUUCUGGAUGUUCCACAUCAGCACAGAGCUGUGAUGGGGACAGGAUUAUGCCAGACCCUGCUGGCUGAGACCAGUGAUCCCACAGCCCAGCACUGUGCCCCAGCAGCAACAGAAGGUGCUGUUUAAAUACUGCAUGCACAUCUGGCCCUGUAUCCCUUGGCAUCACCUAUUGCAUCAGAGGUUCCAGCUGGUGCCUCCCUGCUGAGCCCUUCUCAUCUUUCCUUGUUGGCCUGCUGGACUCUGUAUCCCUUUGAACUUGCUGAUGCUACCUAGCUGCUUCUGUGCCUCCAGUAGCAGAAGCUGUGCUCUCAUCCGGCUGAAGCUGAUCUCCAGUAGUUUCUUCACAUACCUCCUACUACUCUUAUUAUGAACAGUGGUGCUGCAUUUAUUUUAGUUUUCUUUUGUACGGUGCAAUCUUUAAGCACCAUGUUUUCAGUACCCUUCCUAAUGACAGGCAAUGUUUUAUAGCCUUUUCUUUUUUGUUGUUGAUGGCUACUGCACUUGGUGCUGAUGAUUUCAGAGAAAACAGUCAGCAGUGGCUUGGACUUCCUCCUGCAGUCAGAAUUGCAGAAAGUGCAAGUGCUAAGUGUGAUUGAGGUAUUGCUCAGAAUGUUUUUUCCCUAGAUGUGUUACAUCUCAUCUAUGUUGAAGUGCAUCUGCUGGCUCUUGGUAACUUGCUUUGUUCUGUGAGGUCCUUUUGCUGUUUCCUCCCCCUGGCAUGGCAUUUGCCUAUCCACAAGAGCUUACUAGUACUUAAGGGCUUGGAGACUUGUUAUCUGUUCUGUGAUGCAAGAAAACAGCUCUUGAGAAACCAUUUUCCUGCCUUUUAAUCCACACCUUUCUUUCCUACAGGCAAAAGGGUAUUCAGAUACUGAUUCUGUAUUCCCUAUAAAAUCAUUUGAGUUGGAAGGGAUCAUUAAAGGCCGUCUAGUCCAACGCCCCAGCAGUGAACAGGGACACCUACAGUUAGGUCAGAUUGCACAGAGCUAAGUUCAGCUUCACCUUGAAUGUCUCCAGGGAUGGGGCAUCCACAUCUCUGGGCAGCCUUUGCCAGUGCUUCACUACCCUUACUGUAAAACACUUUCUUUUCUUAUUUCCAGUUUAAGUUUCCCCUGUUUUAGUUUGAAACCAUUUCCCCAUGUCCUUUUCCUGCAGACCCUGCAAAAGAGUCUUGUCCACUUAUAGCCACCCUUUAGAUACUCUCAGGUCUCCCUAGAGCCUUUUCCAGGCUGAACAGCCUCAGCUCUCCCUUCUUCACAGUGGAGGUGUUCCAUCCCUUGGAUCAUUCUUGUGCUCCUCCUCUGGAUGUGCUCCAACAGGUCCAUGCAUCUCCUGAACUGAGGACUGCACAUCUGGACACAGUACUCCAGUUGAGGCCUCACCAGUGCAGAGUAGAGAGGCAGGAUCACCUCCAUCACCCUGCUGGCCACACUUCUUUUAAUGCAGCCCAGGAUGCAGUUGGCUUUCUGGGCUGUGGAGGCACAUUGCUGGCUUGUGUCUAGCUUGCCAUCCAACAGUACCCUCAGGUCCUUCUUGUCAGGGCUGUGUUCUUAUCUCUUCAUCCUCCAGCUUCUAUUGAUAGCAGGGGUUGCCAAGACUCAGGUGCAAGACCUUGCACUUGGCCUUGUUAAACCUCCUGCGGUUCUCCUGGGCCCACUCUUCAAGCCUGUCCAGGUCACUCUGGAUGGCAUUCUUUCCUUUUAUUGUAUCAGGUGAACCACUCAGCUUGGUGUCUUCUGAGCUUGCUGAGAGAGUGCUUGAUCCCAUCAUAUGGGUGUUGUGUAAAUGAACCUAAAGUUUCCAGGUGGGUACUCUUCUAGUUGAGCACAGAGUUCAUCUGUCAGGUGAAGGAGAAUGCAAAUGGGUUACGUGGCAUCUUAAUGAGAAUUUGGAUUAUUUUCUGAAGUCAGUAACUAGUGUUUAACAGCCAUAAGCCAAGUGAUUUAGGUGGAGUGUUUCCUUCAGCAGGAGAAGGGAAGUUGUUACUGGAACUCUUGAAAAGGCUUCUGUAGAUGCUGUAAACGAAGGAGACCAAACAUUGCUUUUGUUUUUGAAUCACAGUGGGUGGGAAGCAGAAGGCAGGUAUAAACAGAAGGCUGGGGGCAGUGAGAUGAAUGCCACAGUUAAUUAGGUAUUGCUUUGUCAGUUAUGGAAAUAAAUACAAACUGAUGGCGUUCCUGAGGCACAGGACGACUUCACUGACACUUGUGCUGCAGUAGUACAGUAUUUUACUCCUGUAUAAUAUUAAUUAAAGAUCACCACAAGAUAGGAUGGUGAUCAUACUGUAAAUAUAUUUAGGAUCUAUUCUGUCACACAAACACAUAAUUAAUUUUGUAUUGUAUUUGGGAUUCAGAGACAACAGCUUGCAUUGAUGUUAAUGACUGGUAAAACAGACCUCAAAAUGUAAUACAGAACGUGAGAGUUUGAGAAGGGUCUGAUAGCAACUCAUUCUUGGCUGUUUCCUUAUUAACCUUUUCAACGGAUGUAGAUGAAAGUGUUACUUACUGCUGAUAUUCAGUUUGAAACAAGGAUUUAAACAACAUUAAUAAAGGACCGUGGUGCAAACUGGAUCUCCUAUGAAGUUGGGUUGAAAACGAAAAAUGUGAGGGUUUGCACAGUGAAUUUGGUCAAGUGACAAAGAAUGCUGGCAAGUUUGGUGGGUGGGGGAUCUGUCCUGUAGUCCUCUCUCUUCCCACCUUCCCCACAGCACCAGAUACAAAUUAGUAGUUCAUGGUGGAUAUUCACCUGUUACUGUGCCUAAGGCAAAUGCAGAGUAAGUAUGUCAGUAGGGAUUAAAAACUCAACCUAAGCAAGCAAUUGGUAUUUUUAGUGUUGUUAUGAUUAACUUAUGAAUACUGCAUCAGGCAUUGGUGACUGUAAAGCAAAGAAGCUUCUAAAAGUAAAAAAAAAAAAAAAAAAAAAAGUGAAAUUGAGGUGUGUAAGGGUGACCAACAGCUUAGAGAAAUGGGUCUCUAUUGUAGUGAUGUUCACCUAAAAUUGCCUUAAUGGGAAAUGAUAUAAUGAGGGUCUGUUAACAUUCAGCUCUGCAGACUGCUAAAUUAGAAGGAGGUUAGUUGAGGUUAGAAAUAAGGUAUGCACUUCUAACAAUGAAGUGAAAAUAUAUCUCUAUCUAUAUAUAGAGAGAGGAAAAAAAAUUAACCAGUGGUUAUUGUAGAUCUUGCAUGGAAAUUUCAUCAUAUUAUAAAUGCUAUUUAAUGGCUUUUCCUUAGAAAGAGUACUGUCAGAAUGAAUUAAUGGAAGCUCCAAGGUCUUUGCUGGAUCGGUCAUGGAGAAAUUCUUGAGCUUCUCAACAAAAGUUAAUUUACAAAGAAUAAUUUACUAAGUUUAUUUUAAGGGUGAGUUUUUUUCUAAUUGCUCUUGGGGGGGAAAAGGUGACAAUGAGAUCUCACCUUUGUUAAAGAUUAGAAGAGCAUCUAUCCUCUAAUAGUGGGAAGGUAGCAUCUGAGGCAACCUUGUGCAGGUUUAUUCCCAUGAAAGCUAAAAGCUUGUAUUCCUAAAUGACUUGAGUACUGGUAAAUAAAUAGGAAAAUCACGUCUUCCCAGAGCUUGUGGUCUGAGGCUCCUCGUGCGCUGCAAGCCUUUAUUCUUUGCUGGAAUGAGGGAUCAGAUCCUGAACUGAAUAUCUGAACUGAUUUCAAGGGGGCUCUGCUAGGUUGGAGUCAGUUGCUGCUGCAGUAGGGCAGGAUGAAAUUUCAUGUGGUCAGCUCCUUACCGCAGCUCUGGAAGGAGAUCAGUGCUGCAGCCUGGGUAAGUACUGAGCCUCUGUCCUCGGCCACGGAGCUGUGUUCUCAUCUUACUGUGAGGUAAGAACACAGAGCUCGCAAAAUAUUCCUGUUUUCAGUGAUGAGAUGUUACUCUUGGAAAGAAGGAUGUGAAGUUGUGGCUCCAUUUCCAGGAAAACAUUUGAGGAGAGUCUGCAGUGCAUAAACGCAUAGCUUCAUAAAAAUAAUUUCAAUUUUAAUGGAAGAUGAGCAUUUUGGUGUGCUGGAUAUCAUAGAAAAGGCUGUUUGGGACUGCAUCUGCAAAGCCUAUGUGAGGACUGCACUGCCCCAAACCAUGGACUCGAUGAUCCUGGUGGGGCCCUUCCAGCUGGGGAUAUGCUGUGAUCUCAAAUAUGACAGAUACCUAGCAUCUAGCAAAACCAUGGCAGCAGCUUACCUUGAUCCAAACUUGAAUCAUACACCAAGUUCAAGUGCAAAGACGCACCUCGGUACUGGGAUGGAGCGUUCCCCGGGGGCCAUGGAGCGAGUCCUAAAGGUUUUUCACUACUUUGAAAACAGCAGCGAGCCAACGACGUGGGCCAGCAUUAUCCGGCAUGGAGAUGCUACUGAUGUUCGAGGCAUAAUACAGAAGAUUGUGGACUGUCACAAAGUGAAAAAUGUGGCCUGCUAUGGGUUGCGACUCAGUCAUCUGCAGUCUGAGGAGGUUCACUGGCUGCACCUGGACAUGGGGGUAUCCAAUGUGAGAGAGAAAUUUGAACUAGCACAUCCUCCAGAAGAAUGGAAAUAUGAACUGAGAAUUCGGUACCUGCCCAAAGGAUUUCUAAACCAGUUCACUGAGGACAAACCAACUUUAAAUUUUUUCUAUCAGCAGGUGAAAAAUGACUAUAUGUUAGAAAUAGCAGAUCAAGUGGACCAGGAAAUUGCUUUGAAACUAGGUUGCCUUGAAAUCAGGAGAUCCUACGGAGAGAUGAGAGGCAAUGCAUUAGAGAAGAAAUCCAACUAUGAAGUGCUAGAAAAAGAUGUCGGUUUAAGACGAUUUUUUCCGAAGAGUUUGCUAGAUUCAGUGAAGGCCAAAACACUACGAAAAUUAAUCCAACAGACAUUUCGACAAUUUGCCAACCUCAACAGAGAAGAAAGUAUUUUGAAAUUCUUUGAGAUCCUCUCUCCAGUGUACAGAUUUGACAAGGAAUGCUUCAAGUGUGCCCUUGGUUCAAGCUGGAUUAUUUCAGUGGAGCUGGCAAUUGGCCCAGAGGAAGGAAUCAGCUACCUUACAGACAAGGGUGCAAAUCCAACUCACCUGGCAGAUUUUAAUCAAGUACAAACUAUUCAGUAUUCAAACAGUGAAGACAAGGACAGAAAAGGGAUGUUGCAACUGAAGAUAGCUGGUGCACCUGAGCCUCUGACAGUGACAGCACCAUCCUUAACCAUUGCAGAGAAUAUGGCUGACUUGAUAGACGGAUACUGCCGACUGGUGAAUGGAGCCACGCAAUCUUUUAUUAUCAGGCCACAGAAAGAAGGUGAAAGAGCUUUACCAUCAAUACCAAAGCUGGCCAACAAUGAGAAGCAAGGAGUAAGGUCGCACACAGUCUCUGUAUCAGGAGUCAAUCACUGUCAGCAUAAAGUAAAGAAAGCUAGACGCUUUCUCCCUUUCGUCUUCUGUUCCCAUGAGCCGCCACCUAAGGAUGAAAUUAGUGGGGACGAAACAGAUGACUAUGCAGAGAUAAUAGAUGAAGAAGAUACUUAUACAAUGCCAUCAAAAAGCUAUGGAAUAGAUGAAGCCAGAGAUUAUGAAAUUCAAAGGGAGAGAAUUGAACUGGGGCGCUGCAUUGGUGAAGGACAGUUUGGAGAUGUGCACCAAGGAAUUUACAUGAGUCCGGAAAAUCCAGCUAUGGCUGUAGCAAUCAAAACAUGUAAAAACUGCACCUCAGACAGCGUUAGAGAAAAGUUCCUACAAGAAGCCUUAACAAUGCGUCAGUUUGAUCAUCCUCACAUUGUGAAGCUCAUUGGAGUUAUUACAGAAAACCCAGUGUGGAUAAUCAUGGAGCUCUGUACACUUGGAGAGUUGAGAUCGUUUCUGCAAGUAAGAAAAUUCAGCUUGGACCUGGCCUCCCUCAUCCUCUACGCUUACCAGCUUAGCACAGCACUUGCUUACCUAGAGAGCAAAAGAUUUGUACAUAGAGAUAUUGCUGCUAGGAACGUGCUGGUAUCUGCCACUGACUGUGUGAAAUUGGGUGACUUUGGCUUAUCCCGAUACAUGGAAGACAGUACUUACUAUAAAGCUUCCAAAGGAAAGUUACCUAUCAAAUGGAUGGCUCCAGAGUCAAUCAACUUCCGACGGUUUACCUCAGCAAGCGAUGUGUGGAUGUUUGGUGUGUGUAUGUGGGAGAUCCUGAUGCAUGGGGUAAAGCCCUUCCAGGGAGUGAAAAAUAAUGAUGUUAUUGGUCGGAUUGAGAACGGUGAGCGGCUCCCCAUGCCUCCGAACUGCCCUCCCACCCUCUACAGCCUUAUGACCAAGUGCUGGGCAUACGACCCUAGUAGACGACCCAGGUUUACUGAACUUAAAGCACAACUCAGUACAAUACUGGAGGAGGAGAAGCUGCAGCAAGAGGAACGAAUGAGAAUGGAAUCCAGGCGACAAGUCACAGUAUCCUGGGACUCAGGAGGAUCAGAUGAAGCUCCUCCCAAGCCCAGCAGGCCUGGUUACCCCAGCCCAAGGUCCAGUGAAGGGUUUUAUCCGAGUCCUCAGCAUAUGGUACAGCCAAAUCACUACCAGGUAUCUGGCUACUCUGGUUCUCAUGGGAUACCAGCCAUGGCAGGCAGCAUUUAUCCUGGGCAAGCUUCUCUCUUGGAUCAAACAGAUUCCUGGAACCAUCGACCUCAGGAAGUAUCAGCAUGGCAGCCAAACAUGGAGGAUUCGGGCACUUUGGAUGUACGAGGAAUGGGGCAGGUUCUGCCCACACAUCUCAUGGAGGAGAGGUUAAUAAGACAACAGCAAGAGAUGGAAGAAGAUCAACGCUGGCUUGAGAAAGAGGAACGAUUCCUGAAACCUGAUGUGCGGCUCUCCAGAGGCAGCAUUGAACGGGAGGACGGAGGUCUCCAGGGCCCAGCUGGUAACCAGCACAUAUAUCAGCCUGUGGGUAAACCAGAUCAUGCCGCUCCACCAAAGAAGCCCCCUCGCCCUGGAGCCCCUCACUUGGGCAGCCUCGCGAGCCUGAACAGCCCCGUGGACAGCUACAACGAAGGCGUGAAGCCAUGGAGGAUCAAGCCACAGGAAAUCAGCCCUCCUCCUACGGCCAACCUGGACCGCUCCAAUGACAAAGUCUAUGAGAAUGUAACCGGGCUGGUGAAAGCUGUCAUAGAGAUGUCCAGUAAAAUACAGCCAGCUCCGCCAGAGGAGUACGUGCCCAUGGUAAAGGAGGUUGGCUUGGCGCUGAGAACCUUGCUAGCAACAGUGGAUGAGUCGCUGCCAGUGCUUCCUGCAAGCACCCACAGAGAGAUUGAGAUGGCCCAGAAACUGCUGAACUCUGACCUGGCUGAGCUCAUUAACAAGAUGAAGCUGGCCCAGCAGUACGUCAUGACCAGCCUGCAGCAGGAGUACAAGAAGCAAAUGCUGACGGCUGCUCAUGCUCUGGCUGUGGAUGCCAAGAACUUGCUGGAUGUCAUCGAUCAAGCCAGACUGAAAAUGAUCAGCCAGUCCAGGCCCCACUAAGCACCGAGGGAAGGUUUCAUCUGUCUGUUGUAGAAUUCUGCUUGCGAAAGGAUUAGUUCACCUUCCACCAGCAGUGAGGAUUAACCCAGUGUGGUCCUGGCUUUCCAGCGCCUCUUGCUUCAGCAGCCCUGACUGACAGCUGUUGGUUCUCUCCCGUUACAAAAGGUUAACCACGUUUUUUUAUCACAAAGCCAAGCUGGCCUGGGAUUCAGAAAGUGGCAUUAGCACCAGAUGAAGUUUGUACAGAAGUCCUUGGGAAAUGCUGGCUUUGGAGCACAGUUUGUUCCAUCGCAUCGGCCACGCUCAGCCCAGAGCUGCGGUGGAGUUUCGGAGCCAGAACUGUUGGAGCAGCGGAGCGGAGCGAGAUAUUGUGAAGUGAAGAAUUCUGGGAAACCUCAGGGCUGAGAAUUCUUGCCCACAGUAUAUGAACUAUCCAGACUGGAAUUUUUUUUAUUAGAACACUUACGUCGCAAUAUGCUAAUCACAAUUUACAGAGAAAGAAAAUAAAAAGCUAUAUUUUCAAGACGUCAGUCAUUUUGAGACAAACUAAAGCCCUCUUCAUCUUCCUGCCUUUUACUUUUAUGUGAAUGUGUGACGCCUUUGGUUGGAACUAGCUGUAGGACACAACGGAAAACUCUCUUCUUUUUCACCAGAAUAACGUGCCAGUUCUUUUGUAGCAAUGUUGUUUUCCUUGGAAGCGAAAAUGCUGCUUUGUACCAGAGCAACUCAGAGCUGCACUUAAGAGGAGUCCUGUAACCAUUCAUGCCCCCCGUUUUUAUAUAAUUUAUAAAGACAGAUUAAAGCCAUGUUGAAUAUUUUAAACCCCCUGUAGUUAACUAACCCAUCCUUUUGUCUGUCUUGCCUGGGAGGAGUUACAGUAGAGCAGUGUAAUUAGAUUUUCCUUGGUUUUCCAAUUAUGCCAUCUGUUCUGUUCUAAUAAAAAACACACUCCCUUUUUGCUGUUGAGGGAUAUAAAUUAUUCUCAGGAAGAAUAUAAUGAACUGUACAGUUACUUUGACCUAUUAAAAAGGUGUUACCAGUGAAA